GGACCGUCCCAUAUAAGCCGGGGCGUCCCGGGCUCGGUCGCUCGCGCUGUACAGGGGGAGGAGAAGGAACCCCUGGCGCGAGCGGAGGAGCGGGGACCUGCAGCCACAACUUCUCCCGCCCUGUCCACCUCUCCGGUCCUUCCACGGGUUCCCUGCCCCAUCCUCUGGCCCCCACCUUCUUACAAGCGUUGGGAGGGAAUUUUCCCGCAGGUUGCGAAGGGAACCCAACUUGUUGCCCACUUGCCUUCUGGUGAGGACGGCUUUCCCCCCACCCACUCAAGAUGCUCAGGGGUCCUGGGCCCCGGCUGCUGCUGCUGCUGGCGGUCCUGUGCCUGGGGACAGCGGUGCCCUCCACUGGGGCCUCGAAGAGCAAGAGGCAGGCUCAGCAAAUCGUGCAGCCCCAGUCCCCCGUGACUGUCGCUCAAAGUAAGCCUGGUUGUUUUGACAAUGGAAAACACUAUCAGAUAAACCAACAGUGGGAGCGCACCUACCUAGGCAAUGCCUUGGUGUGUACCUGUUAUGGAGGGAGUCGAGGUUUCAACUGCGAGAGCAAACCUGAGCCUGAAGAGACUUGUUUUGACAAGUAUACUGGGAACACUUACCGAGUGGGUGACACUUACGAGCGCCCUAAAGAUUCCAUGAUCUGGGAUUGUACCUGCAUCGGGGCCGGGCGAGGGAGAAUAAGCUGCACGAUUGCAAACCGCUGCCACGAAGGGGGUCAGUCCUACAAGAUCGGUGACACCUGGAGGAGACCUCAUGAGACUGGUGGUUACAUGUUGGAGUGCGUGUGUCUUGGCAACGGGAAAGGAGAGUGGACCUGCAAGCCUAUAGCUGAGAAAUGUUUUGACAAUGCUGCUGGGACUUCCUAUGUUGUUGGGGAAACCUGGGAAAAGCCCUAUCAAGGCUGGAUGAUGGUGGAUUGUACUUGCCUGGGAGAAGGCAGCGGACGCAUCACUUGCACCUCUAGAAACAGAUGCAACGAUCAGGACACAAGGUCAUCCUAUAAAAUUGGAGAUACCUGGAGCAAGAAGGAUAAUCGAGGAAACCUGCUGCAGUGCAUCUGCACAGGCAACGGCAGAGGGGAGUGGAAGUGCGAAAGGCACACAUCUCUGCAGGCCACGUCCUCUGGCUCUGGCUCCAUCACAGAUGUCCGACAAGCCAUUUACCAGCCCCCGACUCACCCCCAGCCUGUUCCCUAUGGUCACUGUGUCACAGACAGUGGUGUGAUCUACUCUGUGGGGAUGCAAUGGCUGAAGACACAAGGAAACAAGCAAAUGCUUUGCACUUGCUUGGGCAAUGGCAUCAGCUGUCAGGAGACAGCGGUAACCCAGACUUUUGGUGGCAAUUCAAACGGGGAGCCGUGCGUCUUACCGUUCGUCUACAAUGGCAGGACUUUCUACUCCUGCACCACAGAAGGGCGACAGGAUGGGCAUCUUUGGUGCAGCACGACUUGGAAUUAUGAACAGGAUCAGAAAUACUCUUUCUGUACAGACCAUACCGUUUUGGUUCAAACUCGAGGUGGAAAUUCCAAUGGUGCCUUGUGCCACUUCCCCUUCCUGUACAACAACCGCAAUUACACCGAUUGUACUUCUGAGGGCAGGAGAGACAACAUGAAAUGGUGCGGAACCACACAGAACUAUGAUGCUGACCAGAAGUUUGGAUUCUGCCCCAUGGCUGCCCAUGAGGAAAUCUGCACAACCAACGAAGGAGUCAUGUAUCGCAUUGGAGACCAGUGGGAUAAGCAGCAUGAUAUGGGCCACAUGAUGAGGUGCACGUGUAUUGGGAAUGGCCGUGGAGAAUGGACAUGUGUCGCCUACUCCAAGCUCCGAGAUCAGUGCAUUGUUGAUGACAUCACUUACAACGUGAAUGACACAUUCCACAAGCGACAUGAAGAGGGACACAUGCUGAACUGUACCUGCUUUGGUCAGGGCCGAGGCCGAUGGCAGUGUGAUCCCAUUGAUCAGUGCCAGGAUUCAGAAACUCGGACAUUUUAUCAAAUUGGAGACUCAUGGGAGAAACAUGUGCAUGGUAUCAGGUACCAGUGCUACUGCUAUGGCCGUGGCAUUGGGGAGUGGCACUGCCAGCCCUUGCAGGCCUAUCCAGGUACAUCUGGUCCUGUCCAAGUAAUUAUCACUGAGACCCCCAGUCAGCCCAACUCUCACCCCAUCCAUUGGAAUGCACCAGAACCAUCUCACAUCACCAAGUACAUUCUCAGGUGGAGACCUAAAAAUUCUGUGGGCCGUUGGAAAGACGCUACCAUUCCUGGUCACUUAAACUCCUACGUCAUCAAAGGCCUGACCCCAGGAGUGAUAUAUGAGGGGCAGCUCAUCAGUUUUCAGCAGUAUGGCCACAGAGAAGUGACACGCUUCGACUUCACCACCACCASCAGCAGCACCCCCAAAGGGACYAGCAACACCGUGACAGGAGAGACGACACCUUUGUCACCGGUGGUGGCCACAUCUGAAUCUGUGACUGAAAUCACUGCCAGCAGCUUUGUGGUCUCAUGGGUCUCAGCUUCCGAUACUUUGUCUGGAUUCCGGGUGGUGUAUGAGCUGAGUGAGGAGGGAGCUGAGCCWCGGUACCUGGAACUCCCGAGCACGGCCACUUCUGUGAGCAUCCCUGACCUGCUUCCUGGCCGAAAGUACAUUGUAAAUGUCUAUCAGAUAGCCGAAGACGGGGAGCAAAGUUUGAUUCUGUCAACCUCACAGACAACAGCUCCUGACGCCCCUCCUGACCCUACUGUGGGCCAAGUUGAUGACACYUCCAUUGUUGUUCGCUGGAGCAGACCCCAGGCACCAAUCACAGGGUACAGAAUAGUCUAUGCACCAUCAGAAGAGGGCGGUAGCACCGAGCUCAACCUCCCCGAGACUGCCAACUCUGUCACCCUCAGUGACUUGCAGCCUGGAGUUCAGUACAACAUCACCAUCUAUGCCGUGGAAGAAAACCAGGAGAGUACUCCUGUCUUCAUCCAGCAAGAAACCACGGGCACCCCACGGUCAGAUAAAGUUCCCCCUCCUAAAGACCUGCAGUUUGUGGAAGUGACAGACGUGAAGGUCACCAUCAUGUGGACACCCCCUGACAGUGCAGUGACCGGCUAUCGUGUGGAUGUGAUCCCUGUCAACUUGCCUGGGGAGCAUGGGCAGAGGCUGCCCAUUAACAGGAACACUUUUGCAGAAGUCAUGGGGUUGUCCCCCGGGGCCACCUAUUACUUCAAGGUCUUUGCCGUGAACCAGGGGAGGGAGAGCAAGCCUCUGAUUGCACAACAGACAACCAAACUGGAUGCUCCCACUAACCUCCAAUUUGUCAAUGAAAGUGACACAAGUGUCCUGGUAACUUGGACCCCACCUCGGGCCCGGAUCUCAGGGUACCGACUGACGGUGGGCCUAACCCGAGGAGGCCGGCCCAAGCAGUACAAUGUGGGGCCCUCUGUCUCCAAGUACCCCCUGAGGAACCUGCAGCCUGGGUCUGAGUACACUGUCACCCUCGUAGGUAUCAAAGGCGACCAAGAGACCCCCAAAGCCACUGGAGUCUUCUCUACAUUGCAGCCAUCGAGCUCCAUUCCACCUUUCAACACAGAGGUCACUGAGACCACCAUUGUGAUCACAUGGAUCCCUGUUCCAAGGAUUGGGUUUAAGCUGGGUGUGCGACCAAGCCAGGGAGGUGAGGCCCCACGAGAAGUGACUUCAGACUCAGGAAGCAUUGUCGUGUCUGGCUUGACUCCAGGAGUGGAAUAUGAUUACAGCGUCCAAGUCCUGAGAGAUGGGAAAGAAGUCGAACAGCCGAUUGUCAACAGAGUGGUGACACCACUGUCUCCACCGACAAACUUGCACCUGGAGGCCAACCCUGAUACUGGCGAGCUUACUGUGUCCUGGGAGAGGAGCACCACCCCAGGUAUCACUGGCUAUAGAAUCACUACCACCCCUACAAGCGGACAGCAGGGUAAUGCUUUGGAAGAAAUGGUUCGUGCGGAUCAGAGUUCUUGCACUUUUGAAAAUCUGAGUCCCGGCCUGGAAUACAAUGUCAGUGUUUACACUGUCAAAGAUGACAAGGAAAGUGUCCCUAUCUCUGAUACCAUCAUCCCAGAGGUGCCCCAACUCACUGACCUAAGCUUUGUUGAUAUAACCGAUUCAAGCAUCGGCCUGAGGUGGACCCCGCUAAACUCUUCCACCAUUAUUGGGUACCGCAUCACAGUAGUUGCAGCAGGAGAAGGGAUCCCUAUUUUUGAAGAUUUUGUGGACUCCUCAGUAGGAUACUACACAGUUACAGGGCUGGAACCCGGCAUUGACUAUGACAUCAGCGUUAUCACUCUCAUUAAUGGCGGAGAGAGUGCCCCUACUACACUGACACAGCAAACGGCUGUCCCUCCUCCCACGGACCUGAGAUUCACCAAUGUUGGUCCAGACACUAUGCGUGUCACCUGGGCGCCCCCUUCAUCUAUUGAGCUGAGCAACCUGUUGGUGCGCUACUCACCUGUGAAAAACGAGGACGAUGUUGCAGAGUUGUCGAUUUCUCCAUCAGACAACGCAGUGGUCUUAACAAACCUCCUGCCUGGGACCGAAUAUUUAGUCAGUGUUUCCAGUGUCUACGAACACCACGAGAGCAUACCUCUUAAAGGAAGACAGAAAACACGUCUUGAUUCCCCAUCUGGCAUUGACUUUUCUGACAUCACUCCCAACUCUUUCACCGUCCACUGGAUUGCUCCUCGAGCUGCCAUCACCGGCUACUGGAUUCGCCAUCAUCCUGAGCAUAGUGCCGGGAGACCCCGAGAAGAUAGAGUGCCCCCCUCUCGGAAUUCCAUCACCCUCACCAACCUCAAUCCAGGCACAGAAUAUGUGGUCAGCAUUGUUGCUCUUUAUGGCAGAGAGGAGAGUUCCCCCUUGAUUGGCCAACAGUCAACAGUUUCUGAUGUCCCAAGGGACCUGGAAGUCAUUGCCUCCACCCCCACCAGUGUACUGAUCAGCUGGGAAGCCCCUGCUGUCACAGUGAGAUAUUAUAGGAUCACCUAUGGAGAAACAGGAGGAACAAGCCCUGUUCAGGAGUUCACUGUCCCUGGGAGCAAGUCCACAGCUACCAUCAGCGACCUGAAACCUGGAGUAGAUUACACCAUCACAGUGUAUGCUGUCACUGGCCGUGGGGACAGCCCAGCCAGCAGCAAGCCAAUUUCCAUUGACUAUCGAACAGAAAUUGACAAGCCAUCCCAGAUGCAAGUGACUGAUGUUAAGGAUAACAGCAUUAGUGUCAGGUGGCUGCCUUCAAGUUCUCCAAUUACUGGUUACAGAGUGACCACCAUUCCCAAAACGGGCAAAGGACCAUCACAAACUAGAACUGCAGGUCCAGAUCAAACAGAAAUGACCAUUGAAGGCUUGCAGCCCACAGUGGAGUAUGUGGUUAGUGUUUAUGCUCAGAAUGGAAAAGGAGAAAGCCAGCCCCUGGUUCAAACUGCAGUAACCAACAUUGAUCGCCCUAAAGGACUGGCAUUCACUGAUGUGGAUGUCGAUUCCAUCAAAAUUGCUUGGGAAAGCCCACAGGGGCAAGUUUCCAGGUACAGGGUGACCUACUCAAGCCCUGAGGAUGGAAUCCAUGAGCUAUUCCCUGCACCUGAUGGUGAAGAAGACACUGCAGAGCUGCAAGGCCUCAGGCCGGGUUCUGAGUACACAGUCAGUGUGGUUGCCUUGCACGAUGAUAUGGAGAGCCAGCCCCUGAUUGGAACCCAGUCCACAGCCAUCCCUGCUCCAACCAACCUGAGGUUCACUCAGAUUACACCAACAAGCUUUAGUGCCCAGUGGACACCACCCAAUGUCCAGCUCACUGGAUAUCGGAUACGAGUGACCCCCAAAGACAAGAAGACCGGACCAAUGAAGGAAAUCAACCUCGCUCCUGACAGCACCUCUGUGGUUGUAUCAGGACUCAUGGUGGCUACCAAAUAUGAAGUGAGUGUCUAUGCUCUUAAGGACACACUGACCAGCAGACCAGCUCAGGGGAUCAUCACCACUCUUGAGAAUGUCAGCCCUCCCAGAAGGGCUCGUGUGACAGACGCUACUGAGACCACCAUCACCAUUAACUGGCGAACCAAGACCGAGACGAUCACUGGUUUCCAAGUUGAUGCCGUCCCAGCCAAUGGCCAGACGCCAGUUCAGAGAACCAUCGGCCCAGAUGUCAGAAGCUAUACCAUCACAGGUUUGCAACCCGGCACGGACUACAAGAUCUACCUGUAUACCCUGAACGACAAUGCCCACAGCUCCCCCGUGGUCAUCGAUGCCUCCACUGCCAUUGAUGCACCAUCUAACCUGCGCUUCCUGACCACCACCCCCAACUCCUUGCUGGUAGCAUGGCAGCCGCCCCGUGCCAAGAUCACUGGCUACAUCAUCAAAUAUGAGAAGCCUGGGUCCCCUCCCAGAGAAGUGGUCCCUCGGCCCCAACCUGGUGUCACAGAGGCCACUAUUACUGGCCUAGAACCAGGAACCGAGUACACAAUCUACAUCAUUGCCCUGAAGAACAACCAGAAGAGUGAGCCCCUGAUUGGGAGGAAAAAGACAGAUGAGCUUCCCCAACUGGUAACCCUUCCUCACCCCAAUCUUCAAGGACCAGAGAUCUUGGAUGUUCCCUCCACAGUUCCAAAGACCCCAUUCAUCACCAGCCCUGGGGUUGACAAUGGAAACGGUAUUCAGCUUCCUGGCACAAGCCAUCGGCAGCCCAGUUUGGGGCAACAAAUGGUCAUUGAGGAACAUGGUUUUAGGAGGACCACACCACCCACAGCGGUCACCCCCGUAAGGCAUAGGCCAAGACCAUACUCGCCGACAAUAGAUGAGAUUCAUGUCCCCAGGGGAGAAGUAGACUACCACCUCUACCCUCACAUUACGGAGCUCAAUCCAAAUGCCUCUACAGGACAAGAAGUUCUCUCUCAGACAACCAUCUCUUGGACCCCGUUCCAGGACAGUUCUGAGUAUAUCAUUUCAUGUCAGCCCAUUGGCACGACAGAAGAACCCUUACAGUUCCGAGUUCCUGGAACUUCCACCAGUGCCACUCUGACAGGCCUUACCCGAGGGGCCACCUACAACAUCCUAGUGGAGGCAAUGAAAAACCUGAAGAGGCACAAGGUUCUGGAGGAGGUUGUGACUGUGGGCAACCCUGGCCCAAACCAACCUAUUGAUGACACCUGCUAUGACCCCUACUCGGCUUCCCAUUAUGACAUUGGAGACGAAUGGGAGCGAAUAUCUGAAACUGGUUUUAAACUCACGUGCCAGUGCUUAGGCUUUGGCAGUGGGCAUUUCAGAUGUGAUUCAUCUAAAUGGUGCUACGACAAUGGUGUGAACUACAAGAUUGGGGAGAAGUGGACUCGCAGGGCAGACACCGGCGAGAUGCUGAGCUGCACGUGCCUGGGCAAUGGGAAAGGAGAAUUCAAGUGUGAUCCCGAUGGGACAACAUGCUACGAUGAUGGGAAGGUUUACCAGGUGGGAGAACGGUGGCAGAAGGAAUUUUUAGGUGCCAUUUGUUCCUGCACAUGCUUUGGAGGCCAGCAGGGCUGGCUCUGUGACAACUGUUACAGACCAGGUGGUUCAACUGUUCCUGAAGGCCCCUCCUCAGGUCACUCCCCCAACCAGUAUACACCGAGAUAUCAUCAGAGAACAAACACUAAUGUUGAUUGCCCAAUCGAGUGCUUCAUGCCUUUAGAUGUGCAGGCUGACAAAGAAGAUUCCAGAGAGUAAUAUUUGCAACCCAACGGAACAAGCAUCUAUGUCUGCCAUGGUCUAUCCGAAGUCGAGUGAUGUUAGCAGAUUCCAUCUUUGAAUGUUUGUUUCUUUCUUAGCCUUUUGCUCUGGAGACUCCAGCUUCAGCUCAACUCACAGCUUCUCCAAGCAUCACCCUGGGAAGUGUUUUGAGACUUUUCUCAUAAAUUAGGGCAGUAUGUUGCCUGUUCUGCUUCAGAAUCGUCAAUACUGCUCAGUAUUUUAAAUGAAAUGAUUCUCGGUCUGAUUUGGUUUGCAUAAUGUAUUGAAUAAUGUUACCAAAAUUUUAAAUAGGAAAGUUGCCCAAACACUUCUGCUUUCAUUUAAUUGUCUGGCCCACAAUACUAUAGGAAUGGCGUGUCCUUGCUACUGUGAUAUUUAAAAUAUCCACAGUACUCACUUCUUCCAAAUGAUUCUAACAGUUGCUUAGAAGUGUCUUUCUCUUACCUGUUAUUUAUCAAUUUUUCUCAGUAUUUUUAUACAGAAAAAAAUUGUAUUGAAGACACUUGGUAUGCGGUUGAUAAGAGAAAUUUGGUAUAAUUAUGGUUGGUGAUUAUUUUUUAUACUGUAUGUGCCAAAGCUUUACUACUGUGGAAAGACAACUGUUUUAAUAAAAG